AUGGACUAUAAAAAAUUCUUACUAUUUGGGGACUCCAUCACAGAGUUCGCAUACAAUCCAAGACUCUACCCAGAGCUCGAAACCGAUCAAUUCACGGUGGGAGGGGCGUUGACUAACGCGUACGCAAGGAAGAUGGACGUCCUGCCAAGAGGUUUCGCUGGCUAUACGUCGAGGUACGCCCUCCAGAUCCUGCCUGAAAUCCUCAAGAACGAGUCCAAAAUCGAACUUGUCGCAAUUGGGUUCGGUUCCAACGACGCCUCUAUCGGCGGCCCAAUCUCUGUACCACUCGAUGAGUACAUCAAAAACAUCAAGACCUUGAUCAGGACCUUGAGAGAGCAUGGGAUAACAAACAUCAUCCUUGUGAGUCCAGGUAUGAUCGAUGAGGGUCGCUUUGAGAGCAAGAACCCUGCCGAAUUGGAACUCGGAUGCUUGAGAACCGUGGAGAACUUCGUUUUAUAUACAAAAGCGUUGAAACAGAUCAGUGAAGAAGAACAUGUCGGGUUUGCAAACAUGAAUGAGAACUUCACCAAGUAUGUCAGUGAACACAACGCAUUAGACUGGAGAAAAGAACUUUUUGUUGACGGUGUACAUCUUACUGGGAAGGGAUCUCACAUUUACUUCGAUGUAUUGCUAGACGCAAUUAAAAAAUACUACCCACAAUGGCAUCCAGAUAACGUCCCAUACAAACUACCAAUCUACUUAGAUGUCAAAAAAGAUGGUUCAAACUUGUUUUAA